CAUGGCAAAGAGGAUAGAAGAAUCUAGGUUGUGUGAUCCGAGGUGUUUGAUACCGGAUGAUGGGUGUAUCAAAUUUGCGGCACUUCGAUCUAAGGCGAAUGGGAUAUCGAAGAAGGCAUCAAAGAAGGUUCCCUCUAUGUUGGGAGGUUCUUCGGGUGGUUUGCCUCGAGAGACGGUCCAUGUAGAGACUCCUCGAGUGAUUGAAGACGACCGUUGCUGUGCCGGUGAAGUGGAGGUGCAUGAACCUACGAAAGAUCGUGGCAAGGGAAAGAGGGUAGAUACUGAGUAUGUGGUUGUGCCAAAGCGUCGGCGGGUAGACCCAGAGGAGACUUAUGCGUUCCAUGGUGGGGCAGGGAAACAGUUGUUUACCUUUGGAGUGAAUCGUGAGGGGAAUGAAUCGUAUUGGGAUGUGUCGGACCAUGAUUUACCAAUGCUGAGUACCGAGGGAUUCGUUCGGGACUACGAUCGUACUCGGAUGUCCGGUAAGGGCUAUUCACACAUGUUGGAGUUGGCCGGUGGGAACAUAUGCCGGUUGGUAGUGACUUGGAGAUAUCUCAUGGAGCAAGAUGUGAACGUGGAAGCUAGGAAGGAAGAGGAGCGGGCUCGAAGUCAGGCGCAUGAGGACGAACUUCGAAGCCAGUUGGAGAUAGCGCGGUCCGAUCUUGCUCAACAGACUGAGGAGCUUGCUCAGAGGACAGAGGAGCUUGAGGUUAUCCGAGGUGAGGCGAAGGCGUAUAAGGAUGAUGUUCAGAAGUUGAAUGAGUGUUAUGAUCAGCUCAAAGAGAAAUACGAAGUUGAGAAAGCGACGGGAAAGAGGUUUCGCGCGACGUCGGGUGGUGCUGUUUAUAAGGAGUCCAUCGUGGAGGAAACCAAACUUAGCUUCCGAGGUAGUGCUGAGUGUGUUGCUAUGAUUGAGGAACAUGCUUUGGCUGCGGUCUAUAAGCCAUUAGUUCGUACCUGUCGCAAAUACCUUCGCGACGCGGGUGGUAUCAGUGAGAGGGUCAUUCGUGGGAUGGAAGCCGGUAUAUCCGAUGAAGAGGAGGAUGAGGCAGACGUCAACGAGACGGGCACAAAUCUCGUGGAUGACAUGGUUGCUGAUGUCCCCACCGCAGGGGCGUCUUCCGCUCGUGGUGGGGGAGCUUAGAUUUAUAUGUUAAUUUUGCUAGGAUAGUUAAACUCGUUUUUAUUCAUUAUUUUAUUAUGGAACUCUUAGUUUAUUGUUAUCGCCGAUGUAGAUGGGUAUGUCCACUACUAUUUCGUUUGAUUUUUCUUCCUUAUUUGACAUUUGAAGCUUGAUAUCUCGUUUUAUUUACUUU